AUGGCAUUGUCUGAGUUCACGUUUCAAUAUGUGUCUCAAAAGUCAGUCAAGGGCCAAGCAUUGGCCGAUUUUCUUGUUCAUCACCCUUCGACCGAGUUUGAGGGAGCCGAGGAGGUUGAUAUUGAGAUCAUAUAUGUGGCUUCCAUGACCAAUAACCACUGGACCAUGUAUUUUGAUGGGUCUAGUACUGAAUUUUCAGCCGGAGCUGGUGUUGUCGUUGAAACGCCUGAAGGACAAAAGUUCCAAUUCGCCUUUCAAUUAGACUUUACAUGCACAAACAAUCAAGCAGAAUAUGAGGCUCUUAUUGUUGGUUUGGAAAUUCUCCAAGAGAUGGGAGCACGGCGAGUUCUGGUGUUCGGGGAUUCUCAACUGGUCGUUAACCAAAUGAAUAAGGAGUUUAAAUGCACAAGCUGGGGACUUUUAUCCUAUCACGCUUUAGCCGACCAGCUCGCCAACACUUUCGACCGAAUCUCUUUCGCCCACCUCCCAAGGGGACAGAACAUGGAGGCCAAUGAGAUGGCCCAAUUAGCCUCGGGGUUACGGAUCCCCGAAGGAGACGAUUCCCGAGUCAUCAAGAUUGCCAAACGUACCCUCCCAACUUUAGAAGAGAGAGGAGUCUCAGAGGAUGCUUUUGUUAUCGACAUCGAGCCAGAUGAUUGGAGACUCCCCAUCAUCAAGUUCCACAAAAAUCCUCAAGGUAAUCAUGAUCGGAAGACUCGAUACUUGGCUGGACAAUUCGUUAUAUACAAAGAAGCAGUCUACCGCAAAAGCUCUGAUGAUCUACUCCUUCUUUGUAUAGGGGGGCAAGAAACUUUGUAA